CCAGCACAAGCCGCGGACAUCAUCAAGGAGGGCCAUAGCGUCCGCUCUCGGGCCGCUUCCCUUGCGUCUCUGCCGCCUCUGCCACGUGCUCUCAGCUCGGGCGAGGUAGCGCGGCGGCGCGGCACCGGGCCGCGCGAUGCGUGCCGGCUUCGCGCCGCUGGGCGUCGUGGAUGCCGCCCUGGCGUGUCCGGCCGCCCGCAGCGCCCUCGCGUCGCUGCCUCAUGUGCUCGUCGACGAGCAAGCUGGCUGCUGGCGCCUCUACAUCGAGACGGAGGUGGAUCUGCGCGGCUGUGCUGUGGUUGCGCACCUGCUCGACGUGCUCCGCACAGAUGUGGGCGCGUGGCAAGGUCGGCUCCGCGAGCGCACGCGGCGCUUCUGGCAGCCCGAGUGCGCCACUUUCGGCGACAUCUUCGAUGCUCUGACGCCGCCGCAGAGCGCUCCAAGCCCGCAGCCGGCGGGGCUCAAGACGAGGCUCUUUGAGUAUCAGCGGCGCGCCGUCAGCACCAUGCUGCUGUACGAGCGCCGCACACAGCGGCUCGACGCGCUGCAGCUCGUCAACGUCGCGGGGCCUUGCGCGCCGCUGCUCUUCAACGCCGGCCUCGUGCGCUUCUGCAACGAGGGCAGCGUGCCGUGCCCAGAGCAGGCUCCCAUGCGAGGGGGCAUUCUCUGCGAAGAGAUGGGCGUGGGCAAGACGCUCGAGAUCCUUGCGCUGUGCCUGCUCACCAAAGACUCGAUGCCGCUCGUACAUCCCAGCAUCAAGAUCAACAGCGAGGCGAUCAUGCAUCAAGACCGCCUGCCAACGCUGGCCGAGCACUGCGCUCACGUCCUGCAGGGCAGCCUCCCCGCCGACGCCGAGCUGUCGCCAGCGCAGGCGGCGCGGAUGGCUGCGCUUCUGCGCGCCGGCCGGCCUUUCUACGAGUAUCAGCAUGAACGAGGGCUGCACCAGGCGCGUCAUCACCGCAGAGAGUACAGCUGGCGCGUGCGCCUCUCGUGCGCAACGCUCGUCGUCGUGCCGAGGAAUCUUGCGCCACAGUGGCGCGCGGAGCUAGAGACGCACGUCAACAGUGGUGCUCUUCGCGCCCUCUUUCUGCUCGACGACAACGCAGUGCUCGACGUCGAGCAGCUAGUCGAACAUGACCUGGUCGUCAUGAGUGACGCUCGUCUUGCUCUCGAGUCGCGCAAGCUGCUCAAUCCGCCUGUCGUGGUGCGGCCGCGCAAGUGCGAGUGCCGCUACGCCGGUGCCAGCCGUACAGUGGUCUGCACUUGUCCGCCGCUCAAGGAGCCCGAGAUCAGCGCGCUGCUGCGUGUGCACUUUCGCCGGCUCGUCGUCGACGAGGGCGACACGCUGCGCGGCAAGUCUCGCAUCGUCGCCGUGGCGCGCGCCAUCUCUGCCGACAGUCGCUGGAUCGUGUCGGGCACUCCGACAACGCUGCUCUCCGGCGGCGCCGAUGUCUCGCGUCUAGUCGGCGAGGCGCAUGAACACGAGGAGCUUGAAGCACAGCAGUGCGAUGGUGCACUGAGCAGCGCAGAGAAGAACGACCUCUCCGUCCUUGGACAUCUCUUCGACUUUCUCUACGGUCCCUCGGACCACUGGUCAGCGGCUGUUGACAGCCCACUGCGGCUCGGCGAGCCUUUAGCUAGACAGCGCUUUGCAGAUGCGCUGGCGGAGCGGAUGGUGCGCAACCCACUCGCCGUCGUCGAGGCUGAGAACGCUCCGCCGCGCGUCGUGCAGCAGGAGCUGCAGGUCGUCCUGCCUGAACAUCAACGUAAGACGUACAAUGCUUUGAUGGCGCUGGUUCAGCUCAACGCCGUGCUCUCGCGCCGCACGGGCAGCAACUAUCUGUUCCAUAAGGAGAACACGGUGCACCUCGCCUCCAUCCUGCACAACAUGGCCCUCGCUGCCUUCUUCCUCUCUCCGACGGCCACGAGCGAAGGAGGCUCAAAGAGUUCGAACCUGCUCUCGCAAGCGGCUUCGGCGCGCGAGACGAUGCUGGAAGAGCUGCAGAUGGAGAAGCGAGAGUGGAGCGACGAGGAGCGCGCCAUGGCGCAAGAGGCGGAUGCACAGCUACACGAGGCGCUGCGGGACGUCGACGCAUGGUCAAGACAGGGCGACACUGCUCGCCUGGGCGUGUGCGGCCUGCCCGCGCAGCUUUGCGAGCUCGCGUCGGCCCACUCAGCGGCGUCUGUCGCUGCGGACGUGCAGCUGGCGCCGUCGCUGAUCCAACUGCUGCAAAUCGCAGCGUACCGCUCCGUCCGCGAGCAGGAGGCACGUGGCAGCGGCGGCGUUGACGAGGAGGAGAUGCUUGAAGAGAUGACGACACUGGCCGCCAAGGCCGCGCAUGGCACGCUGGCACGCAUCGAGGAGAAGCCUCGGGCACUGCCGGCGGGGAGCGUGCUUCGAGAUGCGUGCAUCGUCUCCUCAACAUCGGCAAAGCUGGCGCACGUGCUCAACCUCGUCCGGCACGCCCUCGGCUGCGGCGACAAGAUCAUAGUCUUCAGCGACAUGACGAGCGUGCUGAGCAAGAUCUCUGCGGCAUUUGGCGCGUGCCAUAUUGAGCAUGCACUCUAUACGCCUGGUCAGUCCGUCGACACACGCGCACAAGCAAUCUCGCUCUUCUGCAACGACGCCUCGACGGGCGUGCUGCUGAUGAAGACCAGCAUGGGAGCUCGAGGUCUCACGCUGACCGCCGCCAACCGCUCCGUCUUUGUUGAGCCGGUGCUUGACGCCGCAGUACGCAAGCAGGCGCUCAAGCGUACAUGGCGCGUAGGGCAGAGGAAGGAUGUCUACGUGACAACGCUCAUUGCCCAAGGCACGCACGAGCUGACAGUCAUGCGGCGCGGCGAUACACUGCUCGAUGAGGCGCGGCAAGGAGCAGUCUCAAGACUGGCAGAGGACGAGACGCUGCGAGCGUAUCUGCGCAACCCGCAGUACGUCUCGCAGGCGGCCGCAGCGGCAAACACAGCCAUAGCGACGCCCAUCCCUCUCUUCCCCAUAUCUCCUCCAUCGCCGCUCCCUCUCGCAUCCCAGCCAUCUCUUCCCGCCGCCCAGCCGCUGCCUGUCAGCGCCGUCGGCACCAGGCGCGCGGCCGACAGUCUCGACGAGCGGCGCUCCAAGAAGCUGCGCGUCGCUUUCGACUAGCCCGCCUCUCGUGCUUGUUUUCACAUCUUCGCUGCAUUAACUACCGACCCUUCCGACGUCGCAGUGCGCGCUUGAGCGGCUCGAUGGCCAGGCGUGCAAAGGGCCCGGCGAGCGCGAUGCAUGCUGCGAUGCGCAGUGGGAAGAGUGCCUUCGCGUGCUCAGUCAGCACCGACACCGCGUCGUCGGCUUGCGAGGCGCAGCAACUCACCUUGACGAUGGCAUACGCCGCCACUGCAUCUGCAAAGCUUCCCGCCAGCACGGCGCCCGCCUCUUGUCCCGUGCUCCACUCGCCCGUCGCCUCGCUGCCCUUUUCGAAGCCAAAC